AUGUCGAAAACUCCUAGGACUUCCUUUUUCGAAAGAUUCAGAACAAGGUCAGGUCAUGGUAACCAGUUACCUCAGUAUCCAGCAUCCGCACCUACAAAUUCUCCUGUAUACACUCCAGUUGAUCCUAACGAAAAAAGAGAGAUGAUGAUCGAAAAUCUACUUAGUCAAAACGUAAUUGAUGUUGAAAAGAUCAGAAACAUGGCCUGGGCAGGUAUUCCUGACAGAUUCAGAGCUGAAAUCUGGCGUCUCUUCUUAGAUUAUCAACCUGUCAACAAAAAUCUUUCAGAAACAACAUUAACCCAUAAAAGAAACGAUUACUUUGAUUGUCUCGAAAGAGUAUACAGCGAAUCUCAAAGACAUCUUUGGACUAACGCUCAAAAAUCGACAAUUUCGCAAAUAGAUCGUGAUCUUCCUAGAACAAAGAUUAUUCUUCUUCGAAACAAAAAGGUUCAAGAUUUAUUUGAGAGAGUACUAUUCGUUUGGUCUGUUCGUCAUCCAGCGAGUGGUUACGUCCAAGGAAUGAAUGAUUUACUUCAACCGUUCUUCUUCGCAUUCUUAAUUCCACACCACCAGAUCAAGGACCCAUCGCAGCUCGAGAAAUUAGAGAAUAUUGACGACAUUUCAGAAGAAGCAUUAAAAGAGAUCGAAGCCGACUGUUUCUGGUGUUUUUCAAAGCUUCUCGAUGGUUUACAAGACCUUUACACUAAGGAUCAGCCAGGGCUUUACAAGAUUUUGGAUAACAUUCAACUUGUCAUUGAUAAAGUCAAUCCAGAGCUUGCACAGCAUAUCGCCGCUGAAGAAAUACAGUACCAGGAAUUCGCAUUCCGUUGGGUCAACUGUCUACUUGUAAGAGAAUUCUCUGUUUCGAUUAUUUUCAGAAUUUGGGACAAUUAUCUCUCUCACCACAACAGAAUUGCAACUUCCCAUGUAUAUAUGUGCGCUGCUUUGAUGGAUGCAAUGGCUUAUAAGCUCAUGCCGUUAAAUCACGCAGAAUUUAUCAUUUUGAUGCAGGCAAUUGACCCGAAUGGCUGGCAUCCGCAAGAAAUUGAGGAUAUGCUGGCUCAAGCAUACGUAUUCGAGAAGAGUAUGGCUUCUGCUAACUCUUCUUCUGCAUCUGCAGGAAAUUUGCGCUCUUUAUCGCAAAGUAAUCUUGUUGUUGAAAAGUAA